AUGGUCAAGCUCGAGGCGGGGGUCUUCUCGCCGCCCUCUGAGGUUAGCGGGCUGGCCGAGCCCGCGCUGAUGCACGAGUCGGGCACGGCGCGGGAGCAGCUCCGCGAGGAGUGGGGGCUCGCCACGGUCAACGCCGUCCUCGAGGGCUCUGCCUUCUCGUGGCCAGCCGUGGUCGCGCUGCCCCGCGAGCUCGUGGCGAGCGUCGAGGACCGCAAGCCGCUCUACACGAUCGGCGACAGGAUGCGAGCCAGUCGGGCCCGCGGCAGGAGGGACCACACCAAGCUGUGGGUGCUGGGGGGCGUGGACGCGUGCAUGCUGGCACUGAGGCGGCACCUGGGCAAACUGGAGUUUUGA